UUGCAAGCCUUCUCAACUACCAAAGGAGUGGGAGUUAAUCUAAAAGCCAAACAUAGCAUAGAAUUUAAAAGCAGUCCAAUAAUAAAGACACAUCAACGUGUUUUCCUAACCCCAAAAACACUGAUUCUAGAGAAUAAAAAGAUACCCUUCUUAAUCUCUCCGUCUUAUUUGGAAACAAUACACAAGAAAAAUCUCUUAUUAUCAUUUGUCGGUCUUAUUUAUAUAUAUACACACCAUGUCACAAGACAAAGUUUGUGAGCUGUUUCCCAGCUUCAGAUAAAUGGAAGGUUCAGAGGAAGAAGAGCUUCUAAAUCUUACUCUUUCGGUUGAUGCAGGUGGAGAGAGGAGAAAGAAAGGAAGGGCAAGGGAUGAUGAUACGAAUUCUCUUGUUUUUCCUAUGAAGUCCAGUGAAGGGUAUGAAGGGAAGAUCUUUAGGCUGCUACAAAUGAGGGAGCUGAUGCUAAGAGAAGAUCACAGAAGAAAAGGAGUGGUUGAAGAUGGGAAUAAUGGUCUUCCUUUGAUUCAUUUGCUUCUUUCAACUGCCACUUCUAUUGAUGAGAGAAACUACUGUGCAACUCUUGAGAAUCUGAUUGAGUUGUAUCAAACAGUUUCCCUAAUAGGUGAUUCAGUUCAACGUGUGGUAGCCUACUUUGCUGACGGUUUGGCUGCAAGGCUUCUCACAAGAAAGUCCCCUUUCUAUGACAUGGUCAUGGAGGAACCGACAAGUGAGGAAGAGUUUCUUGCAUUCACAGAUCUCUAUAGAGUCUCACCCUAUUACCAAUUUGCUCACUUCACAGCAAACCAGGCCAUUUUGGAGGCCUACGAGGAGGAGGAAGAGAGGAACAACAAAGCACUUCAUGUCAUUGACUUUGAUGUCUCCUAUGGCUUCCAAUGGCCUUCUCUCAUUCAAUCACUUUCUGAAAAGGCAACCAGUGGCAACAGAAUAUCCCUCAGGAUAACAGGUUUUGGGAACAACCUGAAAGAAUUGCAAGAAACUGAGGCCAGAUUAGUUAGCUUCUCAAAAGGGUUUAGUAACCAACUAGUGUUUGAGUUCCAAGGGCUUCUAAGAAGCUCAUCAAGGCUCGUCAACCUGAGGAGAAAGAAAAAUGAAACUUUGGCAGUGAACCUUGUUUCUUACUUAAACACUUUGAGUAGUUUCAUGAAUGUCUCGGACACAUUAGGCCUUGUUCAUUCUCUUGGCCCCUCCAUUGUUGUAUUGGUGAAACAAGAAGGUAGCAGGAGUCUGAAGACCUUCUUGUCAAGGUUCACUGAGUCUUUGCACUAUUUUGCAGCCAUGUUCGAUUCACUAGAUGAUUGCUUGCCACUUGAGAGCACUGAGAGAUUGAGGAUUGAGAAGAAGCUUUUGGGGAAAGAGAUCAAAAGCAUGCUCAACUAUGACAUGGAUGGUGUGGAUUGCCCAAAGUACGAGAGGAUGGAAACAUGGAAAACAAGAAUGGAGAAUCAUGGGUUUGUGGGAAGAAAAAUUAGCUCAAAGUGUGUGAUCCAGGCGAAGCUGCUUCUGAAGAUGAGGACCCAUUAUUAUCCUCUACAGUUUGAGGAAGAGGGUGGAAGUGGGGGUUUCAGAGUUUCUGAAAGGGAUGAAGGAACAGUUAUCUCUUUGGGAUGGCAAAAUAGGUUUCUUCUCACAGUCUCAGCAUGGCAACCAAUUUGACAGAAUAGAUACUCCUUCAUUCCUAGGUUCUAACUUUCAUCAUUUUGGUAAAAAAUCUGCACUCAAAAUGAUGAAUUUUAACUUCUAUUUUUCUAUAUAUAUUUCUUUGGCUAAAAUAUGUUAACGUUGUUGACUAGAAAUAUAUAUA